AUGCCUUGUGGUGUGUUGAAUAAGUAUCAUGCGUUCUUUUUUUGGGGAGAUUUUGAGGGAAGUAAUGGGGUGGCUUGGAUAAAAUGGGAAGCGGUUUGCAAACCAAAGGAAAUUGGCGGCUUGGGUUUGAGGGAUUGGGGUUGUUUCAACAAAGCUCUACUUGGCAAGUGGCGAUGGAGGAUCCUUGUGGAACCGGACAGUUUGUGGGUCAAAAUUCUUAGAGCAAAAUACAGAAUUCCUACACAUCUUGACAAAUUCACAGUUGAGGCAAAAGCUUCAAAUUGGUGGAAGGAUGUUUGUAAAGCGUGUUAUGAGGAUGAUGGGAGAGGGUGGUUUGAGCAAGGAAUGAAGAGAGUAGUGGGAGAUGGAAGGGAGGUCAGAUUUUGGAAAGAUUGUAGGAAUGUGCCUGAUUCGCCUGAAAAUAGUGCACAUUCUGAGGAAAAGGGUGGUUCCACUGGAGUUGAGGAUGAGGACGAUGAUGGUGCUGUGUAUGAGAAGAACAUUUUAGAUUUGACAGAAGAUGAUAUAAUGGGGAUGAAAUUCGAUUUUGAAGAGGAUGCAAUUAAGUUCUAUGAAAGAUAUGGUCAGUGUUAUGGUUUUUGGGUGAGGAAAGACAAUGUCUAUCGUGGUUCGCAAGGUUCCAUUGUUACUCGUCAACUGGUCUGCAGCAAAGAGGGGGUGAGGCAUAGAAAAUACUUGGAGUGGAGGGACCGGGUUAGAGUUGCAAAGGGAAUUACCAGGGUGUCGUGUCCAGCUCGCUUCCGUGUUCGCUUUGAACGCAACUCAUGUAAGUGGAAAGUUAUUUACUUUGUCAAGACUCAGAACCAUGUUCUGGCACCUGUGGAUAAAGUCCAUCUGAUUUCUUCAUAUCGGCACCUGAAUGAUUCUGACAAGGCUCAGAUUAAUAGCCUUAAGCUACAUGGGGUGAGGACUUGCAAUAUAAUGGGUUUGAUGCUGGGGCAGAAAGGUGGUCACGAGGCAUUGGGUUUUACCAAGAAGGAUCUGUUCAAUCACAUUGAUAAGGAGAAGCAGAUAAGGGUUGGAAACGGAGAUGCGGUUGCUGCUUUGUCAUAUUUUCAGGCUAAGGCUGAGGGUGAUCCAAUGUUUUUCUCCAAGUAUACUAAAACUGAAGAUGAAAAUCUGAAGGACUUAUUUUGGAGUGAUGGAGUAAGCAGAGUGGAUUACCAUGCAUUUGGCGAUGUAAUGGCCUUUGACAGCACUUAUAAGAGAAACAAGUAUAAUAAGCCUCUGGUGAUUUUCUGUGGCUACAAUCACCAUGGUCAGACAACUGUUUUUGCUUGCGCUUUGAUUACGGAUGAGUCGAUUCAGACAUAUAAGUGGGUGCUGGAGACAUUUGUUGAGUGUAUGUUUGAGAAGCAUCCCAAAGCUGUUGUUACAGAUGGUGAUUUAGCUAUGAAAGAAGCAAUUAGGGUUGUCUUUCCUAAUGCCCGACACAAAUUGUGUUCAUGGCAUAUUCAACAAAAAGCUUUAGAGAAACUGGAGAAUCCAGACUUCUUGGAGGAUUUUAAAGUUCUGAUAUAUGGUAACUUCAACGCGGAGAGAUUUGAACAUCUUUGGGCUAAGGUUAUGGAGAAGUAUGGAUUUGGUAAUAAUGAAUGGAUAACAGGAAUGUAUGGUAUGAAGACAAUGUGGGCAAGUGCUUAUAUGAGGGACAAGUUCUUUGCAGAUUUCAUUCAUAAUUUUGAGAGGGUUGUGAGGGAGUACAGACACAAUGAGUUAGUUGCUGAUUUUAACACAAUGUAUUCGGAGCCUUUGCCCACAACUCCUCUUGGUUAUAUUGAGCGUGGUUUCUCACAGCAUUUGACCAGGAGCAUGUUCAAUGAAGUGAAAACCCAGAUUGAAUAUGUGGGUGACUUAAAUAUUAUUCAAAGGACUGAGGUCAAUGGUGUGGUGAUGGUGAAGAUGAAUAAGGCUUUGUGUGUGAUUGUGGUCACUUUGAUUAUUCUGGAAUCCCUUGUUCUCACAUGA